CGGAAAAGACGCAUGCGUCCUGAGUUCUGGCUCCUCAGCAUGGGUUCCCUGUUCCCUGUCCUGCUGCUGUGGCUCCUGUCCUGCCCCAGGCUUCAGCUAGGACAUGCCCAGGAUCCUGCCAUGGUGCACCUGCCAGGUGGUCGGUUUCUGAUGGGGACCAAUGCUCCAGACGGCAGAGAUGGUGAAGGGCCUGCCCGGGAAGUGACAGUAAAACCCUUUGCCAUUGACGUAUUUCCCAUCACCAAUAAAGACUUCAGGGAGUUUGUCAGGGAGAAGAAGUACCAGACCGAGGCUGAGGCAUUCGGGUGGAGCUUCGUCUUUGAGGAUUUUGUCUCCCCUGAGCUCAGGAAGCAAGCAAAUGAGAUGCCGGCUGUUCUCUGGUGGCUACCAGUGCAAAAGGCAUUUUGGAGGCAGCCUGCAGGUCCCGGCUCUGGCAUCCGAGAGAAACUGGAGCUUCCGGUGGUACACGUGAGCUGGAAUGACGCUGGUGCUUACUGCGCAUGGCGGGGGAAACGCUUGCCCACAGAAGAGGAGUGGGAGUUUGCAGCGCGAGGAGGCUUGAAGGGUCAGGUUUACCCGUGGGGGAACCAGUUCCAGCUAAACCGCACCAACUUGUGGCAGGGAAAGUUCCCCAAGGGUGACAGAGCUGAAGAUGGUUUUCAUGGACUGUCACCAGUGAACGCUUUCCCCCCACAGAACAACUACGGGUUAUAUGACCUCAUGGGCAAUGUGUGGGAAUGGACAGCGUCCACAUACCAAGCUGCUGGCCAGGACAUGCGUGUCCUCCGGGGGGCAUCAUGGAUCGACACCGCAGACGGCUCUGCUAAUCACCGGGCUCGGGUCACCACCAGGAUGGGCAAUACUCCGGAUUCAGCCUCAGACAACCUGGGCUUCCGCUGCGCUUCCAGUGAAGGCAGGCUGAAGGAGGAUCUGUGAGCGGCCAGACAGAGACGGAGAAAGCACCCCCUCAGUACUGUCUCUCCCUGACCAGAUUCCAGAGGCAGCUGGACACCAAGCUCAUCCGUCUGAGGGAUGGCCUUUUGAGCCCCUCCCCUUUGACAGACAACCUCCUAAGGACAGAAGAACACUCAGACCCCAAGAAGGGACUGCCAUCGCCUGGAAGAUGACCAAGGCUGGGCGCUGGGUUGUCUCUUAAGUGCAGUAUUAAGGACAAAGGAACCAAACGCUCUGGUAUCUGGAGCAGUUCUCCAAAAGACAGCAUUUUAAAGUCUUGCCCUUUUUGCUUUCUCCCGAGAAAUUUUAUAGAAGGAAAAUGCUUCCUUUGUGAGAUGGCACCAAAGCCUGCCUUGCUGCUGGAACCUAGCCUCGAUGUCCUUUGAAAUGGGAUACUCGUGUGGCUACUGGUCUCGAACUCUCCGUCCUCCUACCUCAGCUUCCUGAGUGCUGGGAUUAUAUACAAUACCCACUGUUAAAAGGCUCCAGUAGAGCAAACGAUUUACAAGGUG